UAAAUCUUUAAAAAAAAAAUCUUAAAAAAAAAAAUAAGUCAUUCCCUACUUAAAAUUUGCUGUGUGAAAAAACAUCACACACACAGAGUAACUGUUGUUCUGCUGGAAAGAUGUACAAAUCACUUUCACAAAACGAAUUAAGAGAUGGUUCCACUCUUAUGGUUCUCUUAGGACAAAUAAUGGACUAUCUUUGCUUGGAAUCAUCUAGAUCUACUAUUUUGUUACGUUUUUAGAUCAGUGAAACUUUUUUUUUUUAAAACGUAGGUACAAAUUUGUAACUAUGAGAAGAUUGAUAUAAUUUUGCAUUCUUAGGCUAAUUUUUCUUUAUAGGUGAUUUCUAGGAGGUACAGAAAUCUUUGAAGGGCUUUAUACCAUAUUGAAGGAUGGCAGAAGCAGUGUUGAUUGAUUUCUUUGGUUUGAAAUUUAACUCUCAGAAAAAUAGUCAUCAGGCAUUACUGAAGACAUUGAAUGCUGUCCGAUACCACCAUGCUGCCAAGGCCAAGUUUCUUUGCAUAAUGUGUUGCAAUAACAUCAGCUGUGAAAGGAAUGGUGCACAUAAUAACUGUGAAUUAGAAGCAAGCAAUGGAUUAUCAACUCUCCUGAGAGAAUUUGAGACUGUUAGCAAUCCUAGUAUGGCUGCCUCCUUGUAUACUAUUAAGCAAAAAAUUGAUGAAAAAAAUUUGAGCAGCAUUAAGGUAAUUGUACCCAUGCACCGGAAGACAUUACUGAAGGCUUUUAUUGAUCAACUCUUCACCAAUGUUUACAGUUUUGAGUUUGAAGACUUACAGGUGACUUUGAGGGGAGUUCCUCUGAAACAAUCCACUGAAAUAGACAUGAUCACAGCUCAAGAAGUAGAAGCAAUCCAGAAUGAAAUACAAACAUAUUUGAGAAGUCUGCCAGCACUGAAAGGAGAGUUAACCAUUAUCACAUCUCCUUUGAUCUCAGAUAUUUUCUUACAUGGAUUUACUACAAGAACAGGUGGAAUAUCUUACAUCCCAACUCUUAGCUCAUUCAAUCUCUUCAGUAGUUCCAAAAGGAGAGAUCCCAAGGUCGUUGUUCAAGAAAAUCUGCGUAGGUUGGGGAAUGCUGCAGGAUUUAAUGUGGAGAAAUUUUACCGAAUAAAGACUGAUCAUGCCAGUGACGUCUGGAUUAUGGAAAGGAAGGAACCUGAAUCUUAUGAUGGAAUCACCACAAAUCAGAGGGGAGUCACAAUAGCAGCUCUUGCUGCUGACUGUAUACCAAUUGUUUUUGCUGAUCCUGUCAGGAAAGCAUGUGGUGUUGCUCACUCUGGUAAGUAUACUUAAUUAAGCAUUUAGGAUUUUACCAGUUUUGUAGUAUAGGAAA